AUGCUAUUAUUAUAUAUGGGAGGUGGGAACCGCUUUAGGAAAUCGUUCUUCUUCUUUACCUCCUCCCCUUCUUCUUCUUCGUUUUCUUCAUCCAAACUUACUAUCCCUCCUCCUCCUCCUAUCUUCUUCUUCUUCUUCUUCUUCUUCUUCUCUUCUUCUUCUUGUUCUUCUUUCUCCUUCCUUCUUCUUGUCUCCCUUCUUCUUCUUCUACUCAUACCCUCACCCUUUCUUCUUUCUUUUGCUCCUCCUCUUUUUCUCUUCUCAUUCUUCUUCUUUUUCUAUCCCUCCCCUUCUCCUCUUAGUUCUUCUACUCCUUCAGUCCAACUUAUUUCUUCAUUUUUUUCUUUCUUCUUCUUCUACUCCUCCUGCUCCCAAUCUUCUGCGUCUUCUUCUUCCUCCUCCUCUUCUACUUCUCCCUCCUCCUCCUCUUCUACUCCUACCAUCCACCUUCUUCUUUCUUCUUCUAUCCUUCCCUCUUCCUCUCAAUUCUUCAUGUUUUUUCUUUCUUCUUCUACUCAUUACCAUCAUCAUCCACUUCUUCUUCUUCUUCUUCUUCUUCUUCUUCUUCUUCUUCUUCUUCUUCUUCUUCUUUCUAUCGAGAAAAAAGCUAUAUUUACACUAUUCGUAUAUCUAUCUAUCUAUCUAUCUAUCUAUCUAUCUAUCUAUCUAUCUAUCUACAUAUAUAUAUAUAUUUAUAUAAAAUCUAUCUAUCUAUCUAUCUAUCUAUCUAUCUAUCUAUCUAUCUUCAUAUUAGAUUGGGGAGACUUGCAGAAAUUUAAAAAAAGACAUAAGCACUUUGUCAAUUCCUGUUCAUAUAUUUUCGACAACCAAAUAAUAAGUGCUUUAUUUUCCCCCGAUCAAUUCGUAUUUCUUUCUCGCCGAAGCCCAACAAAUUUUUUUUCAUUCUGUCACUUUGAUCUUCCACACGCUCCUUCUCCCUUUCUCACAUCUAUCUAUCUUUGUCAGUCUGUUCGUAUCUAUCUAUCUAUCUAUCUAUCUAUCUAUCUAUCUAUCAUAAUACGUCGCCUAUGCAUGUAUGUAUGUAUCUAUCUCUCACAAUUCGUUUUCUAUGUAUGUAUAUAUGUAUGUAUGUCAAUCUAUCUAUCUAUCUAUCUAUCUAUCUAUCUAAGUCAAUCUGUUCAUAUCUAUCUAUCUAUCACAAUACGUUGCCUAUGCAUGUAUGUAUGUAUCUAUCCCACACAAUUCGUUUUCUAUGUAUGUAUAUAUGUAUGUCAAUCUGUGCAUAUCUAUCUAUCUAUCUAUCUAUCUAUCUAUCUAUCUAUCUAUCUAUCACAAUACGUUUUCUAUGCAUUUAUGUAUGUAUCUAUCUAUCACAUUUCCUAUUAUUAUUAUUAUUAUUAUCUAUCCGUUUAUCACAAUAUGUUUUAUCUAUCUAUCUAUCUAUCUCUCUAUCUAUCUAUCUAUCUAUCUAUCUGUUUUCUAUCCAUCUGUCUGUCUGUCUGUCUAUCUAUCCCAAUAUGUUUUCUACCAAUCUGUCUAUCUAUCUAUCUGUUGAAACUUGACUAA